CUCGAACCCCUGUCCCCUGCAUUGACAGGCGGAUUCUUAACCACUGCGCCACCAGGGAAGCUGCCCACCUGUGGAGCUUUGAGUGCUGUGGUGUCUUAUUGGGGUGCAUCGUCCUGGAGGCACUGGCCCCAUCGAGACGAAUAAAGGACAAAAAUAGUUUGAGGACCAAGGAUUCUGUUAACUUUACAGUACUGUUUAUAUUUUUAAGGAGUUUCUUUGGAAAUUCUUUGUGUGCCCAGGUUUGUUUUCUUGAACCUCACUAGUGCAGUAGAAGGAGCAUGGACUGGCAAGGUUGCUGCAUGAGUUGAGUGCCUGGAAGUGCUUUGUUUCCUUUUUUAGUAUAAUGUUUAUUUCUGUUUGAGUUAUCAACAGCAGUGCAUGUCUGGUGUGAAAAGCCCUUGGUUUUCAAAGAGCUAUACCUCUACUUAUUUUUUCCCCAUGUGACCAUAUGACUUCUUGCCUAGGUAGUUUAUAAUAGGUAACUUUGACUUUUCAGUCAACAGAUGCAUUUUAAGAGACUUGGAGCAAGUGAGUGCUCCUGGUUGAACGUUGGGCAGCAGCAGAUUCUGUACCUGGAGCAUGUAAUUCAGCUGAGCUGUAGUGUUGGAACUCUUUAGAACAGAAAUUUUAAGACUUUUUUGUUUGUUGUAUAGGAGGAUGAGCUCAGUCUGGAAUGUUAGAACCUUACUCUGUAAAGUCAGCAUCCUCCCUGGAAAGCUAAAGUAUUUUGGGUUUCCUUGACUCCUUGAGGGACAAAUUGAGCAUAGAGCUCCGGGGUGGGAGGAAGAUGAGGGUACAGGCACCGGUGCCCAACUUCUGAGCAGAGGAUGAUUAUCCUAAAGACAAAAAUGGGGUUUCAGCCUCCAGAUGAUGAAGACGCCGGGUUUUAUGAAUCUGUGUUCAGGGGGAGCUGCCUGUGGGUUCCCACUGGAGAGGGCUCCAGGUGAUUUCCAGAUAGUGAAGGCAUUUGGUCUCUGAUCUUUGUUUUAGAGGCAGGUGAGGGUAAAGCUAUUGGCUGUUAUCAGAUAAGAAAAUGACAUGAUACCACCAGCGGGGAGCUGAAAAUCUCUAAAUGCUCACUCUAAAUCCUCUGAUAGGAUAGAGGGGAAGCAGAGCCCACAGGCCUUCUCCCAGCCUGGGAGUAGUCCUGGGGCAGUGCAGGGCAGUGCAGAGGAGGCCACUGUGCCAGAGCUGAUUCUCAGUACAAGAGAAGAAACCCUGCUGUGAAAGCUUUGGGUGCUCUGGGAUGGAGCAGGUGUGGAGAGGCUGAGGACCCAGUUCUGGGACCACGUCACUUGCUUCCUUUCUUAGACUAUCUGCUUGAGCAGACUUGAGCCCGGGAUGAGGAUGUCUGUGGCCCUCUCGCUGCUGCUCCCCCUCUGGGGGAGGACCUUUCUCCUUCUGCUAUCUGUGGCUGUGACUCAGUCCCGCUGGCCCAGUGAGCCUUCGGAGGCCAUCAGGGACUGGGAGAACCAGCUCGAGGCGUCCAUGCACUCAGUACUCUCAGACCUCCAUGAGGCUGUUCCCACGGUGGUUGGCAUUCCUGAUGGCACCGCUGUCGUCGGACGCUCAUUUCGAGUGACCAUUCCAACAGAUUUAAUUGCCUCCAAUGGAGAAGUCAUCAAGGUAUCAGCAGCAGGGAAGGAGACCUUACCAUCCUGGCUGCAGUGGGACCCACAGAGCCACACCCUGGAGGGUCUCCCCCUUGACACUGAUAAGGGCGUGCAUUACAUUUCAGUGAGCACUGCACGGCUGGGGGCCAAUGGAAGCCACGUCCCGCAGACUUCCAGUGUGUUCUCUGUUGAGGUCUACCCUGAAGACCACAGUGAGCCACAGUCUGUGCGGGCGGCGUCACCAGACCCUGGUGAGGUGGUAUCAUCUGUCUGUGCUGCCGAUGAGCCUGUGACUGUCCUGACGGUAAUUCUGGAUGCUGACCUCACCAAGAUGACCCCAAAGCAAAGGAUUGACCUUCUGCACAGGAUGCGGAGCUUCUCAGAAGUGGAGCUUCACAACAUGAAGUUGGUGCCAGUGGUGAAUAACAGACUGUUUGACAUGUCGGCUUUCAUGGCUGGCCCAGGAAAUGCAAAAAAGGUGGUAGAGAAUGGGGCCCUGCUCUCCUGGAAGCUGGGCUGCUCCCUGAACCAGAACAGUGUGCCUGACAUUCGUGGUGUGGAGGUCCCUGCCAGGGAAGGUGCUAUGUCUGCCCAGCUUGGCUACCCUGUGGUGGGUUGGCACAUCGCCAACAAGAAACCCCCUCUCCCCAAACGUAUCCGGAGGCAGAUCCAUGCCACACCCACACCUGUCACUGCCAUUGGGCCCCCAACCACAGCCAUCCAGGAGCCACCAUCCAGAAUUGUGCCCACCCCCACAUCUCCAGCCAUUGCUCCUCCAACCGAGACCAUGACUCCUCCAGUCAGGGAUCCUGUUCCUGGGAAGCCCACAGUCACCAUUCGGACUCGAGGUGCCAUUAUUCAGACCCCAACCCUCGGCCCCAUCCAGCCCACUCGGGUGUCAGAAGCUGGCACCACAGUUCCUGGCCAGAUCCGCCCAACAAUGACCAUUCCUGGCUAUGUGGAGCCCACGGCAGUUGCUACCCCUCCCACAAUUACCACCAAGAAGCCACGAGUAUCCACGCCAAAACCAGCCACACCUUCUACUGAUUCCUCAACCACCACAACUAGAAGGCCGACCAAGAAGCCACGGACACCCCGACCAGUGCCCCGGGUCACCACCAAAGCUCCCGUCACCAGAUUGGAAACCGCCUCCCCGCCUACUCGCAUCCGCAUCACCACCAGUGGGAUGCCCCGCGGAGGAGAACCCAACCAGCGCCCAGAGCUCAAGAACCAUAUCGACAGGGUGGAUGCCUGGGUUGGCACCUAUUUUGAGGUGAAGAUCCCGUCAGACACCUUCUAUGACAACGAGGACACCACCACUGAUAAGCUGAAGCUGACCCUGAAGCUUCGGGAGCAGCAGUUGGUAGGCGAGAAGUCUUGGGUGCAGUUCAACAGCAACAGCCAGCUCAUGUAUGGCCUGCCUGACAGCAGCCACGUGGGCAAGCACGAAUAUUUCAUGCACGCCACAGACAAAGGGGGCCUAUCAGCUGUGGAUGCCUUCGAGAUCCAUGUCCACAGGCGCCCUCAAGGGGAUAGGGCUCCUGCUAGGUUCAAGGCCAAGUUUGUGGGUGACCCAGCAACUGUGGUGAAUGACAUUCACAAGAAGAUUGCCCUGGUGAAGAAGCUGGCCUUCGCCUUUGGGGACCGCAACUGCAGCACCAUCACUCUGCAGAAUAUCACCCGGGGCUCCAUUGUGGUGGAAUGGACCAACAAUACACUGCCCCUGGAGCCCUGCCCCAAGGAGCAGAUCACGGGGCUGAGCCGGAGGAUCGCUGAGGAUGAUGGCAGACCUCGAGCUGCCUUCACCAACGCCUUGGAGCCCGACUUCAAGGCCAUGAGCAUUUCUGUGACAGGCUCUGGCAGCUGUCGGCAUCUACAGUUUGUCCCAGUGGCACCACCCAGGAGGGUGCCCUCAGAGGCACCACCUACGGAGGUGCCAGAUCGGGACCCUGAGAAGAGCAGCGAGGAUGAUGUCUACCUGCACACAGUCAUUCCGGCCGUGGUGGUUGCAGCCAUCCUGCUUAUCGCUGGCAUCAUUGCCAUGAUCUGCUAUCGCAAGAAGAGGAAGGGCAAACUCACCCUCGAGGACCAGGCCACCUUCAUCAAGAAGGGGGUGCCUAUCAUCUUUGCAGACGAACUGGACGACUCCAAGCCCCCACCCUCCUCCAGCAUGCCGCUUAUCCUGCAGGAGGAAAAAGCCCCCCUCCCCCCUCCUGAGUACCCCAACCAGAAUGUGCCCGAGACCACUCCUCUGAACCAGGACACCGUGGGAGAGUACACACCCCUGCGGGAUGAGGAUCCCAAUGCGCCUCCCUACCAGCCCCCGCCGCCCUUCACAGCCCCCAUGGAGGGCAAGGGCUCCCGUCCCAAGAACAUGACCCCAUACCGGUCGCCCCCUCCCUAUGUCCCCCCUUAACCCACAAGCGCCUGGGUGGAGGCAGGGGUAGGGCAGGGCCCUGGAGACAACACGGUGUUGUCUGUGGAGACCAGUGGCCUGCAGACCAUCGCCCACUGGGAGCCGACACCUGACCUAGCACACGCUGACACACACGGGGCCUGGACAAGCCCGCCCACUUGGUCCUCCUAAACCCCAAAGCAGCUGGAGAGACUUUGGGGACAUUUUUACUUUUAAUUUUUGCCUAACAGCUUUUUGUUUGUUCAUAGAAAAUUCUUCGCUGCGUUUUUGAAGGCUGGCUCUGAAAGCACCGUUUGGAGUAGAGGUAGAUGGAGGGAGCGAGGAACCGUGAAUGAACUCGCAGGCAGUGCUGGGCGGCCUCCCGGCUCUCUGCGUUUUGCCUUUAACACUAACUGUACUGUUUUUUCUAUUCACGUGUGUCUAGCUGCAGGAUGUAACAUGGAAAACAGUAGCUAAAGAUUAAAUUCAAAGGACUUUCAGAAGUUAAGGUUAAGUUUUUACAUUUAAUCUGCUGUUUACCUAAACUUGUAUGUGUAAUUUUUGGGUGGGUAUGGGAAAUUGCUUUGCUAAAAAUAAGCUCCCAGGGUGUUUCAAACUUAGAGAAGACCAAGGGACAGUAUUUUUUAUCAAAGGAAUCCUAUUUUUUCACACUACGUAAACUUUGUUGCUCUGAUACCCCAGAGAGCCUGACUGGGGGCCUCCUGGCCCUGGCUCAGGGGCCAGGGCCCUGGUGCUGGGUUUGCUGUCCCACUGUUGCCAGGGGCUGGAAGCUGGAGGGGCCUCUUAGGCCAUGGACAUCCACACCCCCACCCCAUGCACGCUAGCGGCCCACAACCAAGGGGUCUUCAUUUCCAUAGAAAAGGGACUCCAAGAGGCAGUGGUGGCCGUGGCCCCCAACCUAGGUGCUCCAGGUGGGCCAGCUGCUCGUGGGGAUGCCUGGGGAGGUCGAGAGACUCGACCACAUCAGCCUGUUUUCUUUUACCCUUUUUCUGUGUGUUUUUUUUUUCCCCCUCCUAAAAGGAAUAUCACGGAGUUUUGAAACACUCAGUGGGGGACAUUUUGGUGAAGAUGCAAUAUUUUUAUGUCAUGUGAUGCUCUUUCCUCACUUGACCUUGGCCACUUUGUCCCAACAGUCCACAGCCCAACCCUGACCCACCCCACCCCUUUUCUCUGGCGCUCCAGUCCCAGGCCUUGGGCUUGAACAGCUGGGAAAGGUCUGGUGGCUGGGGAGGAGUGCCAGCAAUAGUUCAUAGUAAAAAUAGGGGGGCUCUCAAAGCUAAUUUUUUACUAAAGUUUUUAUACAGCCUCAAAUUGUUUUAUUAAAAAAAACGAUUAAAAAUGGUGAUGCUUACAGCAGUUUGUACAAGCUCCUAGUGUUGAUUCCAUGGGACUGACGGCUUUGCUCAUUUUGAUUUUUUUCCCCCCUUCUUUUCCUAAUGGUUUAAAUUCUGGAAUUACACUGGGGCUUCUUUUGCCUUUUUUAGCAGAACAUCCGUCCAUCCAUCUGCAUCUCUGUCCCGUGACUCAGGGGCACCCACUCAGCUUUGAUUCUCCUCCUUUGGAAGAAACCAUUUUGAGCAUGACUUCUUGAUGUCUGAGAGUUAUUUUGGGUACCUUUUAGGGAGGAAUGCCUUUUGCAAUAACGUAUCCCUUCCGUGAUCGAGGGCGGGUGGGUGGGUGGACCCAGGCUCCCUUUGCACACCAAGCAGCCACUUCUAAGCCAUACUGACCAUUUUGCAGAGGAUUCAUGUGUGCUGCCUCAGGAGGGGAGGAACGGUCAGAGUGGAGGGGUCUCCACCCUGCCCUUCUCUGGAGGGUAUUCCCGCUUGCGCCUUCUCCCCCAGGGCCUAGCCUCUCUCUCCUGCCUGGUCCCCUGGUGGGGUGAGCAGUGCCACUGUGGGGGAAGCCUGUAGAUGAGGGCUCAGUGGACCUGUGAUGACUGGGCCUUGUGCCUCCAAGCCCUGAUCCAAGCCGGAGUUUCCCCAGUGCCCCGGAGUCAGGAGCGCAAGCUGAGUCUGACCUGGUGAGAUUAUUUUUGAUGACCUUGCCAAAAGAUAAACAAUUUCCAGUGUUCCAGGUGAGGGCUUUGAAAGGCCUUCCAAAUAGCUCCGUUGCCCCUAGCAACCCCACCAUCGGGCAUUGCCACGCAGAGACGUGGCUGGCCCAGAAUGGCCUGUUACCAUAGCAACAGGAGGCGAUGGGGCAGUGAACAGAAUAACAACAGCAACAAUGCCCUUGCGGGCCGCCUCCUCCCCUGAGUGCCCGGCUGGCAGUGGUCUUUGGACUCUGUGAGACAGAGAGCCAAUCUCACAUUCAAGUGUUCACCAACCACUGACGUGUUUUUAUUUCCUUCUAUAUGAUUUUAAGAUGUGUUUUCUGCAUUCUGUAUAGAAACAUAUCGAACUAAAUAAAAGUGUCUUUAUUACAAUA